AUGUCAGAUAAAGUUUGGGGUGAUAAACCCGUAUAUUUCAAACAACCAGUAAGAUGGCUUAAAUACCAUGCUCAUGUCAACCCAGCACUUUUCCUUGCUGUUUCAUUAGGUGCAGCUGCUCCCGUACUAUUAUUAGCAACUCCAUUAAGAAGGAAAUUCUUGUAUGCUGACCAUGAACCUAUUCCUUUGGUUUACCCAUUACCUAAUAGACCUCGUGAUACAAAUUUGAAAGGAUAUGAUGAUUGA